CAGGAAGUCGGAGAUCUUGAACGGCCUGUGCCCAUUUUCAUUUGUCCGACACUGUUAAUAAGACUUUUGGAUGUUCUCACGCUCAUCAAAUUUGUCGUGAAUGUUCAAACUCAUGAGUCCUUGAAUUUGAUACCACAGCCGCACUCAGGUGUGACACAGCAGCUCAGCUUCGCCCCCUGUUGGCUUUUUGAAUUAAAGACUACAUUACCCAUAGGUGUAAUCUGAAACGGCCGCGGUGCCUUGUGGGUAAGUCGGAAGUAAACACAGACACGUUGAAGAUGGAACAUUGUGAUCAGAGCCAAACUUCAGACAGGGAAACUUUAAAUAAAACGGAUGUUUUGCGGGACUUUCAGGUUUCUUUUUUCGCUAUGAGCCGCCUGGUUUCUUUUCCCUGGACAUUUUUAGAAAAAGAACUUGAAAGCAACAAAUCAUCAGACUUGAUAUUAGAUAUUUUAAAACAGACGUGUCUUCACUCUCUGUGCCGGAAGUUUCCUCCAUCGGUCAGAUUCAGGAGGUUGUUUCUCUCAGAGCUCAUCAGACGGGAGGCAGCAGGCUGUGAUCCUCUGGACGAGCUGUACGACGCUCUGGCUGAAGUGGUCGGAGCUGAAGACACGACUGAAUGUUACAAGAGCUACAUACUGCCCGGUGGAGACGCCGUCAGCCUGCUGGAGAACGUUGCUCUGAUCUCAGAGGGAACCACCGGCCUGGUGACCUGGGAGGCGGCUCUCUACCUGGCAGAGUGGGCGCUGGAUCACCAGCAGGUCUUCACUGGAAGGACGGUUCUGGAGCUGGGCAGCGGCGUCGGGCUGACCGGUGUCACCAUCUGUCGCUCCUGCAGUCCGAACAGAUUCGUGUUCAGUGACUGUCACUCCAGCGUCCUGCACAAACUGAGAAGCAACGUGCAGCUGAACGGUCUGACCGAGCCGACGGUCAGCGUGGAGGAGAUGGACUGGACGGCAGCCACAGAGGAACGGAUCAAACGGAUCGGACCGGAUGUCGUCAUCGCUGCAGAUGUGGUGUAUGAUCCAGAUGUUGUAGGAAGUCUGGUGAAGCUGCUGUCAAAGAUCCUGAGCUGUUCGUCUGCUGAAGUCUUCAUCUGCUCCACAAUCAGAAACCAGGAGACGUACGGUGGCUUUAAGCAGCAGCUCGAAACGGCAGGAAUCAGCCAUCAUGUGAUGACAGGAGCCGUCAGCCACGUGUUUCCUUACAACAGAGCUUCUUCUAUAGAACUGAUCCAGCUGUACACGUGACACCGCUGUAGCACAAUAAAGAUUUUAUUUACAAAUGUA